AUGACUGUCUUACUGUUUGUGGCUCUCAGGCCAGGUGAAACCCGACGUGCUUGUUCAGGCCCAAAUUUCAACAGUUUGAAGUGGCAGCAUCAGCUCUGCAAGAAUCCGAACCAUAAGCCUGGCAUAUUAACUCUGUUUGUGGACCAUUUGUGUGUAACUGAUAACCUUGUGUGUGCUGUUCCACCUUCACAUUCAAAUGGUCCAAGGGCUCCGUCUUCUGUAAUUAAUCCACUUUUGAACGCUGUUCCAGCUUCACGGUCAAAUGGUGCAGGGGCUCCAUCUCCUGUAAUUAGGCCGCUUCUGCUUUUGCGUGCUAUUCCUAACCCUAUGGGUCCCACUUUUGAGGGCUCAUGCUAUCCAGGUUCUCCUUCCCUUGAUGAAUGGAUGACUAAUCUGUCUUCAGAUCCUCACCCUUCAGCUUCUGCUGGUUCAACUGGUUUCAAUAUCCAGGAUUGUUCUGAUAUAUUGACGCAUUUAAGGAUGCCUGUGAAUAACCCAGUUGAGGACUACCAAAAUGAUGAUCCUGAACAAGUCUUAAAAAGAACAAGACCUUCGGGAAGAUCAAAUGAACAUGAAGAUAGUCAAAGUUUGGUAGAUUGGAAGAGCAAAGUUGCAGAUGAGUCCUCUGAGAAAUCCAUUAUUUGGAAACUGAAAGAAGUGAAUGAUCCGUCAUCGUGUCGUUCGUUGAGACUUCCAGAUAGUUUAGUGUCUACGAGGGUUUCAAGGUUGAUGUAUGCCAAUUCAGGAAAUGUCAUAAUGUCUCUAUAUGCCAAUGCUGUACACAAACUCUGGAAAUGGCCAAAAAAUUAUUGUAAUCCAACAGGGGAGGCAAGAACAAAUACUGUGCCACAACUAUGGCAGCCUUGUAGUGAGAUAUCAGUGACCAAUUAUAUUAGUCUCAUAAAUCCUGAAGAUGCGGUUCCAUGCUUUGCACUGUCCAAGAAUGAUGCUUAUGUAAUAUCGACGUCUGGAGGGGGAAUUUCUCUAUUUAAUGCAAUAACCUUCCAAAAAAUGGCAACAUUCAUGCCCCCUCCACCUGCAGCAACAUUUCUGGCAUUUCACCCCCAAGACAAUAACAUCAUAGCAAUUGGCAUGGAUGACUCCUCUAUCCUAAUAUAUUAUGUCCGUCUUGAUAAGGUCCAAGCCAAGCUCGACGCUCAUCAGAAAAGGAUAACUGGACUUACUGAUGGUGGAGUGUGUGUAAUUGAGCCACUAGAGUCGGAAGGUGAGUGGGGCACCUUACCUCCACAAGAAGACAAUGCUUGUUCAAGCACGGGUCAUGCAGAUAGUUCUGAUCAAUUUCAAAGAGAAGCCAGGGCAUUAUGCAAACAUUUGGGGUGGUGGUGCAGUGAAGGAUGUUUAGGGGAUGCUGCAUAUUAUUGCAUUUGUAAUGAUGGAUUGAGUGAUGCGAUUUACCAGAAGAACAUUGAUUAUGCUUGUGGAGCUGGAGCAGAUUGUACUCCAAUUAUGCAAAAUGGCCCCUGUUUUCAGCCAAAUACUGUCGAGAAUCACUGUAAUUUUGCAGUGAAUAGCUAUUACCAAAGAUAUGCUCAGGUUCAGGGGAGUUGUAGCUUCUCAAACACUGUCACUGUAGUUCAAGACCCACCUCCUGCAAUUUCUGAAUGUUUAUAUUCAUCUAGCCCCAGAGCCGUCGACAGACCGAUCAUCCAUUUCUCCCUCUCAAUUAAACUCACUCUUGGAACCGGCUUAGUGGUGACAGUAACGGUAACGGUAAUAGGCGUCCUAAAGCUGUUUCAAAUGUAUAGGAGAAGCGCCCGGGUGAAUGAAGGGGAGAACCACCAAGAAGCUGCAAAUCAUAUAAAUGGGCCAGGAGAAAUCGAGAUUAACACUGUAGGUCAUGCGUCCAUCAUGCUUGAUAGUGAGGUUUGA